CUUCCAAAUUUCGACCCCAAAAACCUUUUGAGUUCCGAUCGUUGUCUCUCAUCCUUUCCUUGCAUCUUCUAUUCUCCCUCCUAGGGUUGUGGGUUGGUCGUUCAAUACCAGGUCCAAUCGGGAGCCAUUCCGACAUCGAAGAUGGUCGCGUUGAGGAGCUCGGACGGCGAGAUCUUCGAGGUGGAGGAUUCGGUCGCGGUGCUGUUAGAAACCAUCAAGCCCAGGAUCGAAGUUAACCCUGCCGAAACCAUUCCUUUACCGAACGUUACAAGUAAGAUCCUUGCAAUGGUUAUCGAGUACUGCAAGAGGCACGUUGACGCGGGGGCCGCGGAGGAAGAACUCAAGAGUUUUGAUGCCGAGUUCGUCAAAGUGGACUACACCACGCUGUUCGAUCUUAUCCUGGCAGCCAAUUAUCUUAACAUUAAGAGCCUGCUGGAUUCAACAUGUCAGAAGGUGGCUGAGAUGAUCAAGGGGAAGACUCCGGAGGAGAUUCGAAAAUACUUCAACCUUGAGGACUGCACUCCGGAGGACGAAGAAGUGGUCCGCAGGGAGAAUGCGUGGGCAUUUGAGUAGGAACUUAAAUUGGAUGUGCAAUGUGUCCAUAUUAUAAUAGGAGUUCUAUGUCAGAACAGUUACGUUGCUGUUUUACUUUCUGCUGGUAAAUAUAUGGCGUCUGAAUGCUCCGGAAGAACUUGUGCUUUACCUUGUGGGAUUUGAACAAAUUUGAACAUUUGUCUGUUGUGUUGUGCUGUUGUCGUUGCGGAUCUGAAUUCUUAAAUUGGGUGCAUGCUAUUAUUUGAUUAUUAUGAAUUCAACUUAGUGAUGAUCGGGUAACCUGUUUACUA